AUGAAGACAGCCGCUCUUAGCACCGCUCUCUUUGCCGCCCUGGCGGCUGCCAGCCCUAUCGACGCCCGGAAGGCAUCGGGAUGCAAAGCAGUCACUGUACUGUUCGCCCGCGGUACAACAGAGAUGGGCACCCUCGGCACCGUCGUCGGUCCCGGACUUCAGAAGGCCCUCCAGUCGGCCCUCGGCGCCGACUCUGUUACCUUCGAAGGCGUCUCUUACCCUGCCGAUUCGUUCGGCAUCUCGGCCGAGGGAGUUGGGUCUGGACCCGGUAGCAAAGCCAUGACUAGCCAGGCUAGCGAAUGGCUCAGCAAGUGCCCAGAGACAAAGUUGGUUCUUACCGGCUACAGCCAGGGCGCCAUGGUCGUUCACAAUGCUGCCAAGAUGCUCAACGGCAAGGACGUCCUUGCCGCUGUCACUUUUGGUGAUCCAUUCAAGAGUCAACCUGUAUCUGGCAUUUCGAAAGGCGAUUUCAAGAGCUUUUGCGGUGUUGGUGAUUUUGUCUGCUCUGUUGGUGGAUGUGCUAGCGCCGGGGGCUGCGAAAGCAAGAGCCAGAUGGGUCAUCUUGGAUAUUUCUCCGACAACGACGCAGCCGCUGCUUUCAUCAAGUCCGUAGCGGCUUAG